UGUGUGUGUGUGUGUGUGUGUUGUGGGGCGGGUCAUGACACUCCAGAAGUGGGUGUUUCUCCGCAAACUCGCCGCUGGUUUUCAGUCCUCCCGGAGCUGUCCCACACACGUGCUCAGACUCAGUCAGUCUGCUGCCGUCAACAUGGCAGAAGAGUCGAAGAAACUAGCAGCUUACUUUGCCGUGGAUAACAGCGUUCAGAACAAUCAGGUGGUUGGAGUGGGUAGUGGGUCAACCAUUGUUUAUGCUGUGGACAGGUUAGCUGAGAGAGUUCGACAGGAAAAACUCAACAUCGUGUGUGUGCCCACCUCCUUCCAGGCUCGGCAGCUGAUUUUGCAGCAUGGCCUUACGCUAUCGGAUCUGGAAAGACACCCGGAGCUGGAUGUGGCGAUUGACGGAGCAGAUGAAGUAGACGCAGAGCUGACGCUGAUAAAAGGAGGGGGUGGCUGUCUUACUCAAGAGAAGAUUGUCGCCAGCUGCUCAAAAUAUUUUGUUGUCAUUGCUGACUACAGAAAGGACUCCAAAGCUCUCGGUCAGCAGUGGAAGAAGGGCAUUCCCAUCGAAGUCAUUCCCAUGGCGUAUGUUCCUGUCUCCAGGAUGAUAGCUAAGCGCUUCGGAGGGGAAGUCAAUUUAAGGAUGGCCAUCAGUAAAGCAGGUCCUGUCGUCACAGAUAACGGCAACUUCAUCCUGGACUGGAAGUUUGAGCGCGCUCAGAACUGGAAGGAGGUCAACACUGCAAUCAAGAUGAUUCCUGGCGUGGUGGAGACGGGGCUCUUUGUCAACAUGGCUGAACAGGCAUACUUUGGUAUGGAAGAUGGUAGUGUGAAGGUUCGAAAGGGUCCCAUCAACUGAUGAGUUGGCCACAAUCCCCUUCUUCAGCCAUCCUCAGACCAACAAAAUCUCGCCCACAAGUGCCACUGUCAAAACCCAACCCCAAUCUCAGAAAAGGUCUAAAGCAGGAAAGUUUUCUUACUUCGCAAAAUAGGUUCCAAACUCAGAACGGAUUUACUUUCACAUUCAGAUGGGUGGUGCUUCUGAUUUUAGGAUUUUCUUUUAAGUGCCUGAGGAGGAAAAUCAAGUCCCACUAGCAGAUUUACUGUAAUUGAGGAGUGACUAAAUGGAUGCAGAACUGGGCUUUAAAGCUGACCAGUAAACGGCCGAAGCAAAGGUGUGCCUUUAAAAUUUUGCAACUACAUUUAAAAUGCUCAAAUGCAUAAUGUCAUAUUAGUGUUUCACAUUGCUAAAAAACAAAUUACCACUGAUCAAAGCCCAAGAAACAGAAAGCAGUCAGAUUUGAACUGUCUGAUGCAGUUACAUACAAUCUAUUAAGAUGGUAACCCAUAAGGAGUAAUGGUGAGCUUUAAAAUGUUCCUUGUAAUAAAGCAGAAACAACUAAAACUUCUUAAAAUGUAAAUGUUCAAUACUAAAAGUUGAGUUUUCCUGGUGGAUCAUCUAAAUGUAACAUGUUAUGGCAUUCAGCAUUUUGUGGCUCAUUUUCCAUUUCCCUUGUUAGAAUAAUGAGGUUUUUAAUCUAAUACUGGUUACAUCAGAACUGGUUAAAGAUGUGUUUUUAGUUGGUUAAUGUGCAAGCAAUUAAAAAGCUAUAGAAAAUGUAGGCAGAUUCCUCAUUUUUACCAACUCCUCUUGUAGCUUGUUAGCAGUGUAGUGAAUGAAGCCUCGCUGUGUGUCACAAGAAACACCAUAUUGUCAGUAGUGGAAUGCAUGCAUUUUUUUGUGCCUGUAAUAUUGCUGCAUGACACUUUCUCCUACUACUAGGUGUCUGGAUGCAAGAAGCCCUGUGCCAUAAGCUAAUUGUAAAAACAGAACCCAGCGAUGAUGGUGACUGAUAUUAAACAUUACCUUGCUACACAAAUGUAAUGGGAAAUCUCAAAAACUUUAUAUUGCAGUUGCAAUAUUUAACUUGUGAAGUAAACCAGGCUACUACUCCAAAUUAUUUUGGCCCCCCUUCUAAGCUGUGGUCAGUCCUUUUUCCCUUUUUAUUUAAUAAAUAAAUGGUACAUUAUGAUUUUCUACAUAGCAGAGUAUUGUCCUGGUCUGCAUCCAUCAUCUGUUUUAAACUGUUGACACAAUGCUUGAAACUGUAAUUUGGUUUUUGCAUGUUGUAUGUCUUUCUGUCGAAGACUGGGAACAUAUCAUCCUGGCUAAUGUAAUAUCAAUAAGCAGUUUUUCAUGUUUUCCUAAAAACCUACUUUUGAAUAUAAGCCAUCAAAGUUGCCACUGAGACUCUGUGGCAGAAUAAAGUUAACCCUUCUGAACUAAAGACAUGUUCUGAAAACAUAACGGGUCACACACUGUGCAUGAAUAUUUUUACACCAGCAUUUUCUUUGAACCAGUUGACUGUGAAAGUUUUGUCUGCGAGGCUACUGUUUCUUUUGUUAACCCAUACAGGACCAAAAUAUAACUCAUGUGUUUUAUGCCUGAAUUAUUGGAGCUACAUGUAACAGAACACAGAAAAUAAAAUAAAAGUUGAGUGAAAAGGUG